AUGGGCUUUGCCCUGGAGCGCUUCGCCGAAGCCCUGGGCCCGGAUUUGGAGUGCAAGCUGUGCGGCCGGGUGCUGGAGGAGCCCCUGUGCACGCCGUGCGGGCACGUCUUCUGCGCCAGCUGCCUGCUGCCCUGGGCGGCGCGGCGGCGCCGGUGCCCGCUGCAGUGCCAGCCCCUGGCGCCCGGCGAGCUGUACCGGGUGCUGCCUCUGCGCAGCCUCAUCCGCAAGCUGCGCAUCCGGUGUGAUCCCCGCGCCCGCGGCUGCGGCCGCUCGGUCGGGCGGCACGAGCUGGAGGCGCACGCCGAGCGCCGUGACUUCGGCCCUGCCCGCCGCGGGGGCUGCGUCUCGGGGCCGGUCGGCCGCGGCGGCGGCGGCGGCGGCGAGGACGUGCCCGCGCGGGGGGGCUGCGGAGCGGCGCCCGGGGCCGGCCGGGGCGGGGGCGCGCGCGGGGGGCUGCCGGGCGGCUGCUGCGGGAGCGGGCGGGGGCCCGGGGCGCGAGUGCUCGCCUGGAGGCGGCGCGAGCAGGCGCUGCUGGCGCAGCUCUGGGCGCUGCAGGACGAGGUGCAGCUGGCGGCCCGCAGGUACCGGGAGAAGUUCGCCCAGUACAUGGCUCACGUCCGCAACUUCGCCAGGGACCUGGGCGGCGGCCACGGCCCGGGUGGAGAACAUAAGCCAUUCACCAUUCUAUUAGAACGAGAAAAUGACACUUUGGGAUUCAAUAUUAUAGGAGGUCGGCCAAAUCAGAAUGGUCAAGAAGAAAUAUCGAGAGAAGGAAUUUAUGUUUCAAAAAUUUUGAAAAAUGGACCUGCUGACAGAGCAGAAGGCUUGGAGAUUCAUGACAAAAUCAUUGAGGUCAAUGGGAAGGAUCUCUCCAAGGCCACCCAUGAAGAGGCAGUGGAAGCUUUUCGAAAUGCCAAGGAGCCCAUUGUGGUCCAGGUGCUAAGGCGGACGCCUCUCAGUAAACCAGUCUAUGGAGCGGCCCCAGAAGUGCAGCUCAUGAACGCCAGUACUCAGACGGACAUUACCUUUGAGCACAUCAUGGCCCUGGCUAAGCUUAGGCCGCCUACCCCUCCGGUGCCAGACAUCUGUCCAUUUCUGCUCUCAGACAGCUGCCAUUCUCUUCACCCGAUGGAGCAUGAAUUUUAUGAGGACAAUGAGUAUCUCUCCAGCUUGCCUGCUGAUGCAGACAGAACAGAGGACUUUGAAUAUGAGGAGGUCGAGUUGUGUCGUGUUAGCAGUCAAGAGAAGCUGGGCCUGACAGUCUGUUACCGCACGGAUGAUGAAGAAGACACCGGCAUUUAUGUCAGUGAGGUAGAUCCAAAUAGUAUUGCUGCCAAAGAUGGCCGGAUUCGAGAAGGGGAUCGUAUUUUGCAAAUAAAUGGGGAGGAUGUCCAGAAUCGAGAAGAAGCAGUGGCCUUGCUCUCCAGCGAUGAGUGCAGGAGAAUCGUGCUGCUCGUGGCGAGGCCGGAGAUUCAGCUGGACGAAGGCUGGCUGGAAGAUGAAAGGAACGAAUUCUUAGAGGAGUUAAACUUGGAGAUGCUGGAAGAACAGCAUAAUGAAGCAAUGCAGCACACUGCCAAUGAGGUGGAGCAGCCAAAAAAACAAGAAGAAGAAGAAGGCACAACAGACACGGCCACAUCCUCAUCCAACAACCAGGAGAAGGACAGCGGAGUGGGGCGCACGGAUGAAAGCUUGCGGCACGAUGAGAGCUCCGAGCAGGAGAAUGCGGCUGAGGACCCCAAAAGCGCAUCUUUGAAGAGCAAGAGAGAGCUGGGGCAGAGCCAGGACACCCUGGGGAGCGUGGAACUCCAGUGCAACGAGAGCUUUGUGUCAGGUGAAUACCUUGACUCAGACUGCCCUGGCAACCAAGAUGAGGAGUGUGAACGAUUCCGGCAGCUCUUGGAGCUCAAAUGCAAGAUUCAGAACCACGGGGAGUAUGACCUGUAUUACUCGAGCCGCACAAUGGAAUGCAACCCAGGGGAACAAGAGGGAGUGGAGCAUGAGCUACAGCUGCUGAAUGAAGAACUAAGAAACAUUGAACUCGAGUGCCAGAAUAUCAUGCAAGCUCACAGGCUCCAGAAGGUAACGGACCAGUAUGGGGACAUCUGGGCAUUGCAUGAUGGAGGAUUCCGAAAUUAUAACACCAGCAUCGAUAUGCAAAGAGGAAAACUAGAUGACAUCAUUGAACACCCGGAAAAGUCAGACAAGGACAGUUCCAGUGCUUACAACACAGCCGAAAGCUGCAGGAGCACUCCGCUCACUGUAGACCGUUCCCCUGACAGCUCCCUUCCAAGAAUGAUCAACCUCACCAAUAAGAAAAACCUGAGAAGCACAAUUGCCGCCAGUCAGCCCUCUCCUGGACAGAGCAGUAAAGAGUCGCCCUCCCCCAAGGCCAAACCCACUGAAGGUUGUGGCAUUGACGGCAAGGAGAAGGUCUCAGAAAGCAACAAGCUUUCUGAUCAAGAGAAGACGGGCAGCGAACACGUCCCUUACCUCUCUCCUUACCACAGCUCCUCAUAUAGGUAUGCAAACAUACCAGCCCAUGCCCGGCAUUAUCAAAGCUACAUGCAGUUAAUUCAACAGAAAUCUGCCGUCGAAUAUGCCCAGAGUCAGCUGAGUUUGGUGAGCAUGUGCAAGGAGUCCCAGAAGUGUUCAGAACCCAAGAUGGAAUGGAAGGUGAAAAUUAGGAGCGAUGGGACCCGGUACAUCACAAAGAGACCAGUGCGAGACCGGAUUCUGAAGGAACGUGCCUUAAAGAUCAAGGAGGAGAGGAGUGGCAUGACGACGGAUGAUGACACCAUGAGCGAGAUGAAAAUGGGUCGCUACUGGAGCAAAGAGGAAAGAAAGCAACACCUGGUUCGGGCCAAAGAGCAGCGACGGCGCCGAGAGUUCAUGAUGCGGAGCCGGUUAGAGUGUCUCAAGGAGAGUCCUCAGAGCGGCAGUGAGGGCAAGAAGGAGAUCAACAUCAUUGAACUGAGUCACAAAAAGAUGAUGAAGAAGAGAAACAAGAAAAUUUUGGACAACUGGAUGACAAUCCAAGAACUGAUGACCCAUGGGGCCAAGUCUCCGGAUGGCACACGAGUUCAUAAUGCCUUUUUGUCAGUCACCACUGUAUGA